AUGGAGCAGGGGUACGAGAAACGACUGUUAGGGUCUCCUUAUAAAUCGCCCAUUAAAACAGUUAGCCCCAUGAAGACUCCAACGAAGGAAAAUUACAUGGACCGAUACAUCCCAUUGAGAGCAAAUGCACGUUGGAAAACGUCGACAUCUUUCGAGCAAACAAAUAGUAAUCCAACGCGUAAGCUGUUUCAAAGUAGUCGCGGAAAUACUGAUGGGCUCAGUAACGAUGUUGAUUCUCCGAAUCAGAAUGGCUAUCCAAGUCACGGUCUUGCGUCUUUUACUGGCGAAAGUAACUGGGGAACAUCUGGUGUCAAUUCGGCCGUGCAGGAGCCUGCACCACCUACGGAGGCGAGAGGCUGCGACCUUCUGUCUGCUCUUGUAGCCAACGAACUUGAGGAAGCUUCAUUAGGUGGGGCUUAUAGCCCUGUGAAUUCAAGAUGCAGUUUCGGUAAUUCUGGCGUUCUGGCAGCUAGAGAAAACAACAAUAUGUUUUCCUUCAAGCUUAGAAGGGAGAGUCCAUGUAAAUUGAAAACAUCUCCCUAUACCAUGUCUCCAGUAUCUGAAAAAAGUCAACAUUUGCUGAAGUUUCCACAAAAACAAGCGCGUAAAAUAUCUCGGGUACCAUAUAAAGUUCUAGAUGCUCCGGAGCUACAAGAUGAUUUUUACCUUAAUCUUGUUGAUUGGUCUUCUCAAAAUGUAUUGGCGGUUGGGCUGGGAACGUGUGUUUACUUGUGGAAUGCUUUCACUAGUCAGGUUACUCGAUUGUGUGAUGUUUCUGGAGAAACCGAUGUUAUUUCAUCAGUUGCGUGGUCCAAAAAGGGUAGUCAUUUAGCGAUCGGCACUUACCGUGGUCAUGUUCAAAUAUGGGAUGUGACUAAAAGUUCCUGCAUACGCUCACUAAACGGACAUAUCGCUCGUGUCGGUGCUUUGGCGUGGAAUGCUGAUCUUCUGGCAUCUGGCAGCCGAGACCGUUAUAUUCUGUUACGUGAUACACGUGCUUCAGCUAAUUCUGGUGGUGGACCCACUGGUCAUCUACCUACUACAAAUCCCUCUAAUGCUUCUGUAUUAACUGCUGAACUUGCUGAUAGAGAUGAGAUUAUGACUGAUUUCAAUUCCAUUAGUUCACCGAGUCACAUUGAUCAAGUAGAAAGUGACCCAAACUAUCCGCGGGCUUCAACACCUAUGGUAUCGAUCAAUAGUGACCUUCCGGAAGUUGAUCCUCCAAGUACUCCAGCUCAAAUGGAUAUAGACAUGCUUGGGUUUCGAGAUACGGAUCACGCUUCAUCAUGGUCUGCCGCAAGGACGUCAGCAAAUUCCACUGUCACCCAGACCACUGCUUUACAGUCGAUCGAAAAUGGAGCAGAUCGUCUUGUUCCUGGAGCAGUACGUGUGCUAAAGGAUCAUAGACAAGAGGUAUGUGGGUUAAAAUGGUCUCCUGACAGUCAGUAUUUAGCAUCAGGAGGUAAUGACAAUCGUCUACUCGUUUGGAGUCAGCAUGCACCAUCUACUGGUGGCCCUGUCUUAACGUACGAAGAGCAUGUGGCCGCUGUCAAAGCAAUUGCAUGGUCGCCUCAUCAACAUGGAUUACUCGCAAGUGGCGGUGGUACAGCUGAUCGUUGUAUUCGAUUUUGGAAUACAUUAACUGGUCAGGCUUUACGUAGCGUGGAUACUGGAAGUCAGGUUUGUAAUAUUGCCUGGUCCGUACAUAGUAACGAAUUGGUCAGUACACAUGGUUACUCACAGAAUCAAAUUCUUGUUUGGAGAUAUCCUAGUCUAACACAGUUAGUCAAGUUGGUUGGGCAUUCAUAUCGUGUGCUGUACCUAGCAAUCAGUCCAGAUGGUGAAAACAUAGUAACUGGUGCAGGAGAUGAAACACUUCGCUUCUGGAAUAUAUUUACUAAAGCCAAAACUCCAAAAGUUAGUAUACUAAGUGUUGUUUGUGUCGUUGUUUUUAUUUUGACCUUGUAUAAUUGGUUGAUCUGAUCAUCUAGUUUUGAUCUCUUCAGAUAUUUGGUUAUGAAAUGUUUUUAUCUGUGGUUAACCAAUAUAAUUCCAAAUAGUUACGAUGAUUUUCCCACAGUUCACUUACAGAACAUGCAGAUACUACUCAUCUCCCUGGGGUGAAUUUUUUCUAGUAUCCUAAUAACUAAUUUUCCUAGCUAAAUUAGUUUUUUUGUUGCAUACUGUCACUAUCAAACGGAACAACGUAAAUUCACACACAAAAGCCGUCGAGUUAAUCUUUUUAAAUAUCACAUAAGUUUGUCAGUAGGCUCCAACUCAGUGGGGUUGAAAAGACUAUGAGUAAUCUAAAGCGAGGAAGGGCAGCUGGGCUUAACGGAUAUUCGUAGGUCACCAAUAUUCGUUUAUAGGUGUCUUUGAAGCAUUGUUUACGUAUUUUGGGAUCAGUAAGUAAUCAAAGCCUGGGUUAGGGAUAAAUUUCUAUAUGAGGAUGAGAAAUCGAUUGAUGAGGCUUUAAAUCUUUAUCGUCGGAGGUGUUUAGAACAUGUUUUGCGUAUGUCCAACCACUGUCUACCUCGACGGGUGGUGUUUCCCGGUGCAGGAGUAAGUUGUAAGAAAACUAAGGGCGGCCAAAUCGAAACAUGGCAUCAGUUCACGGAGUCACUGACAGUUGGACCUAACCAUGUUCAUAAUUGUAUGCUGCCUGGUUAGAGUCCGUGUGAUUAUCGUAAUUAAUAGUUAGGGACAUGCCUCAAAAUCGUUUGCAGUAGCGCAGAUGCAUCCGUUCUUUGUUUUCCCCAAAUCCUGCGAUUCUAAAUCCCUCAUAACUUUUUUGUUUUUAUUUCACUAACUUAUAUUUUCUUCUUGAGUCGUAUCUUCGAUGUUUAAUUUUUACUAUUACCACUGAUAUUGUUACUAUCUCUACUAUUCUGGGAUUUGGUCUGGAGAUCUAAUCACUGUGCUAAUGGGGUUUAAGAACUUGAACCCGAUAUACAUACGUACUAGGUUCUACGUUAUGAUUAGCUGUGUAAUUUGGUGCAUGUCUUCUAUGUAUUGGUAACCUGCUUAAUAGUUAUAUUUCGUUGUAAGUUACCUCUUAAUUUCGUUAUAAUACUCAUGUCUGUAUCAAUUAUUGUAAAUAUGAAGCGUUUCUGUUGACUUAAUAUACAGGUUUUUAGCCUUAUAUAUAUAACAUCAGAUGAUUGACUGGAAACAGCAGAUAAAAAAGUACUUAUCAAUAGGCAAUCAAAUAUACUCUGUCGUUAAAUAGAUGUAUUUCACAUAAUCUGGUUUCUCUAAACAUGAGUAGCUGAAAGCAAACUUAGUACAGUGGUAUUUAUUUUAUGUUAAACAGAGUUAUGAUGUUCAUGGAAUCACACCAGUUAAUAUGUUUAUAUUUUAGUGUGGAUGUAGUGUUAAUUUUUAUCGUAAAUGAAUUUUUAUGUUAUGCACAAAUAUGUUGCGUAUAUAUAUUCAGUACGAGUAACUUUUGUGCUACCGUAUGUUUCACAACUUCAAACUAUCUCACAUUAAAUCCAUUGAUUUUUAUUAGAUGCAACCAUCUUCACUGAACUUAUUCAAUGGGAUUAGAUGAUCUAUCUAAAAAAGAAGUCUUUCAAAACCUGUGGAUAUUUCUCCGAUGUGUUUUAUUCUACUUAGCAAAUAUAUAUGUAUCAUCAACAAUAUGCGCACAUUAGUUAUAUGCUAUCCAUACAUAUUACUCGACUAUAUUAUUCAUUUCUGUAAAUAUAUGAUUACUUAUUGAUAGAAAUUUCAAAUGUGUUAAUAACUAUAUAUUCCAUCAUUAACAAUUACAUUCUGGUCGUAUGUAUCAACGCCAUAACUCUUAUUUUCUACAGGUCUUGAACUUCUAACUUUUACUUCAGUCAGUUCAACUGUAUGCAAAAUUAUAUGGUUGCUUCUUACUUCUGUCUUUACUUAUUACAUAUUGAACGAAACAAAAUAGUAAUCAUUAUUAAUUUAUAUUUUCCUCACAAUUGCUUGUCUUUGUGAAAUUGUACUUAUAAUAUAUUUCUUAGUUUUGUAAUUCCUUUAAAUAACACAUUGUGUAAGCCACUGUGUAUCUGUUCAUCCUAGUCAUUUGUGACAGCUUUUUCUUUUCUUUUAAUCUAUUUGUAUUUUUCUUUUGGCUGUCUGUGUCGUAUUUAGUUCAACUUCUUUGACACUGUGAUAGUCUUCCUCAUAAUAAUAACAAUAAUAUAUAUGUACAUAUAUAUAAUGUGCAGCGAAAAUAAAACAUCAUCUUAGUUA